UCAUUUCCCCACAGAGAGACCUGCCUCCACCCUGAGUCCAGCCGACUUAAAGCGCGGCACAGCACGGCUCGACUCACCCCGGUUCUCCUCUAAGGGCAGCCCGAGCCGGUGUUUGAUUGGAUUAGAGUCGGGUUUUAUAGUCUUUGCCCUCUAACCCCGCUGAUGUUGGCGUGCUGCUGCUUCCUGCUCCCUCGGCUCCCCCUUCGCUGCUGACUGAACGAAGCCGCACGCAGAAGCUCCCCGCGCGAACACGGCGGACCGGGAAGAGCUGCUGCCGCUGCUGCUUCAUCCCGAGGAGGAGGAGGAGGAGGAGAGCCGCGAAAGCAAACGACGAAACCCUCACAGCCAUGCGGAGGAAAUCGAGAAUAUUGCUGUGUUUCGCGGUGCUGUGGGUCCUGGGAAUAGCCUACUACUUCUAUUCGGGGACAGCGCUGAGUCGAAAGGAUGAGUGGAUCUCUAACUCGGUCAUCAGGAACAGACCUCAGAGUUCUGAAGAUAAGACCCACGACUCGGAGACUCUGCCUCCAGGGAAGGUGCGCUGGCAGGAUUUCGAUCAGGACCUGUACGUCGGAGCUACGGUGGUCCGACCGGGUCAGGACCCAUACGCCAGAAACAAGUUCAACCAGGUGGAGAGUGACAAACUCCGAAUGGACCGAGCCGUUCCUGACACGAGACACGAUCACUGCAAACAUAAACAGUGGAGAUCAGACCUGGCUGCCUCCAGUGUUGUCAUCACCUUUCAUAAUGAAGCUCGAUCUGCUCUGCUGCGGACUGUAAUCAGUGUCUUAAAGAAAAGUCCUCCUCACUUGGUCAAAGAGAUUAUUCUGGUUGACGACUACAGUGAUAAUCCGGAGGAUGGAGCCUUGCUGGGGAAAAUAGAGAAAGUACGAGUUCUUAGAAAUGACCGCAGAGAAGGAUUGAUGCGUUCAAGGGUCUGUGGUGCAGAUGCCGCCACAGCACCAGUUCUUACCUUCCUGGACUCUCACUGUGAAUGUAAUGACCACUGGCUCGAGCCGUUACUGGAGAGGGUGGCUGAGGAUAAGACCCGAGUAGUUUCGCCCAUCAUUGAUGUGAUCAACAUGGACAACUUUCAGUACGUGGGAGCUUCAGCCGAUCUGAAAGGAGGCUUUGACUGGAAUUUGGUCUUUAAAUGGGAUUAUAUGACUCUGGAGCAGCGACGAGCCAGACAGGGCAACCCUAUCGCCCCCAUCAAGACUCCGAUGAUCGCAGGAGGUCUGUUCGUCAUGGACAAAGAAUACUUCGAGCAGCUGGGGAAGUACGACAUGAUGAUGGACGUGUGGGGAGGAGAAAACCUGGAGAUCUCAUUUCGUGUGUGGCAGUGCGGUGGCAGUCUGGAGAUCAUCCCCUGCAGCAGAGUGGGACACGUCUUCAGAAAGCAACACCCGUAUACGUUUCCCGGCGGCAGUGGGACUGUGUUUGCAAGGAACACAAGGAGAGCUGCCGAGGUGUGGAUGGACGAGUACAAGAACUUCUACUAUGCUGCUGUCCCCUCGGCCAGAAACGUCCCCUAUGGAAAUAUUCAGAGUCGUUUGGAAAUGAAAAAGAAAUUGGGCUGUAAGCCGUUCAAGUGGUACCUGGAGAACGUCUACCCUGAGCUGAGGGUCCCRGACCACCAGGACAUCGCCUUUGGAGCCUUGCAGCAGGGGGGGAACUGUUUGGACACCCUGGGACAUUUUGCUGACGGGGUGGUGGGCGUCUAUGAAUGUCACAACGCUGGGGGGAACCAGGAAUGGGCCCUGACCAAGGAUAAGUCUGUUAAACACAUGGACCUGUGUCUGACUGUGGUGGACAGAACUCCAGGAUCUCUAAUCAAACUACAAGGYUGUCGAGAGAACGACAGCAGACAGAAAUGGGAGCAGAUCGAGUCCAACUCGAAGCUCCGACACGUCAGCAGCAACCUCUGCCUGGACAGCCGCAGCGCCAGGAUGGGCGGACUCACCGUGGAGCUUUGCAGCCCGAACCUCAGCCAGCAGUGGAAGUUCACCCUCAAUUUACAACCAUAGUGGGCAGGUGUGUGUGUGUGGGUGGGGACGAACGCUGCAGACCCCCGGGGAGACUUCACAAACAGAACAACUCUGAGACGAGGAUGAAAAGGUGAAAAGACUCGAGGAGAAUAACAAACUUUAUGGUCCUCAUCUUCCGUAGAGGUGCAGCCUGUCAAGUGCACACCCGUCUCCCCCACUAACUAGUCCCGCCCUGAAAUGUUGAGCCACGCCCACUUGGGGGAGGGGCUUAUAGACCAGAAUGGAGCAUGACCGACUGCGAGGAUAAAAACGACAAAGAGGCUUUUGUUUCAAGCUACAUACCUCACUCAGUGUUUUGUCAUCGACGGUUCCAGAGGUGAAAUUAUUAUUUUUAUUUUUUCUGUUCUUUAAUUCUGGAGAAACAGAACUUCAUUUUUUUGUGGGCAACCUUCUUUUUAUUUUCUUGUUUUGUAUUUUUAAAUUCUUGCCGUUGAAACUCCCACAGAGGGUUGCAGGAGCUGGUUCGAUCCUCUUGUUUUUUUAUUUUAGAUCAGGUUGAGGCUUUUCACUCUGGGGUUUUUGAGGCGUGGAUUUGAGUUUUUCCUCUCUUUGGUUUACAGAACUGACAAAAACUGGAGGAAAAAUGAAAAGAAGGAUUCUUUGUUUCCUGUUCAGCUCUUUUACAGCAGAUCUUGUCUUCAGGAGCGCCUUUUGAUUGUUUUUUUUUAUUUUUUAUUUUGGAGUCUGUAAAGUGGAGUUCUGACAAAUGGAGACGCUCUGGAUCUCCGAGCGUCUGCAGGCUGUGGCACUGGCUGCUGCAGCGCCCCUACUUCUACAGUUUAUAAAGAGAUACACAGGAAAAAUAAACUCAUCAGUCUCUGCUCAGUGUACUUUUGUUAAAAAUUGAACCAAAUUUAAAAAAACAUGUUUUAAGUUUAAGGAAAACCAGAGGAACAAUUAAAAUGUUUUUUCUUUACAUCCUGUCACUUCUUUCUGCUGAUUUAUCCUUUUGUUUUUUUAGUCCAUGCAGAUCAUUUCUUAUCUGUCUCUGUUGCCAUUUUAACAGCGUUUAUUGUCGAAUAAUCGCAUCGCAACUGGAUUAUUGCUGCAUUUUUUACAGCUAGAAAUUAGCUUCUGUCUGUUCAGUUAAACAAAAUAGAUAGUUAGAUAAUAGUUAAAUAAGGAAAUUCAGAACUAUAAAUGCUGCCCUGUCAUGAAGUCUUUGUGUUUAUGUCUCGGAGCAUCAGAGUUGUGUAUUUUCAGAGCGGUGUCUCUCGUCUGCGCUGUCGCACAAACUCGUCUUAUUGUUUCGUGUGAAGCGGUUUCUGCUGCAGGUGAGCGGAUUUGUCUUAUAUCAAGUUUUGUUUUGAUUUUUGCUGAUGAAAAAUUUAAAUAAGAAGUCUUUUUUUUUUUUGACGGAGCAACAACAGUGGCACUUUUUCAUCCUACAGUCCGUUUACCUGAUGCCUUUUUGUCACGUUUUAUUUUAUUUUAUUAAAUUUUUGUCCUGAGCUUCCUCUCAUCAUGUUGUGCUCUUCCACGCACUUUAGCCUUUUAUGAGCAACAAUGAAAAAGGUUGAAAGAAAUUGGUUUUGAUUUAUUUUGAAGUGUUGACGUUAGAAGAAACAGGAAAGAAGCUGCAACUUUAAACUCUUAACAUCUGUUUUUUUCCCAUCUUUUUUUGUUUGUUUUUUAAUGAACGGACAGCGACAUCUCAUUACUGUGUUGUCUGACACUUUUUAGUCUUGUUUCUGCUGUUCUUAGUUUUUUUUUUGUUUGUUUUUGUUUUUUGUUUUUGUCCUCAUCUCAUUCAUUCUUCUGAGAAAGUUUACUGUAACUGCAGCCGUGGCACCCGACAGAAACUCGACCAACAUCCAGAUGUUUUGUUGCCUUUAAGACCAGAUAGACACAAAUCUGUGCUUCGGUUAGAUUACUUUUAUUAUUAUUAUUUUAUUUUGCAGUACUGGACUAGUUAGCCAUUCUGUUGUGGGGGGGGCAUAAACAUUAAAAAGUGUCUUCAUUUCUUAUUAAUGUUGCAAUUUAUUACAUUUCGAAUCUCCUUUGAAGGCAACUUUCAACUUUUAAGUGUUUGAAAUUAAAACCUUUUGAGUAUUAAUGUUUAGUUUUUAAUUUAGUUUGCUUUACACACACAUUCACCCACAGUAUCUAGUUAAAAAUAUAUAUAUUUUCUUUAUUAAACUGAAUGAUUUGACUCUGGCUGCAGUAGUUGUGUUAGUAACGCUGAUCAUUUCGUCUCAUCCUAAAAAUUCAGAUAAUUUAUAGAGUACAUUUUAAGUCUGUAAUUUUAUUGGUUAUUAGUUCAAAAUAAUGUAAUCUUUUGUUUUAUUUUAUUUACUCCUGCGAGGUUUCAAGUGUUGAACUGAGAAUAUUUCAGAGGUAAUUUAAACCUGAUGUUCACAUGCUGCAGGUUCUGUGCUGACCCCAAAAUUAAUCAAAUAAAUCAGUAUAUUGAUUAAUUUCUGUUGGACAAUAGCACCAUCUGUUGCCACGCUUAUAGAAACUUCAGUUGACUCACGAUGAAAAAGAUGUGAAAACAUUGAUUUAAAGCAUUCAUUUCCGUCUUAAUCUCAUUCUUUAAAGCUGCAUCAUCAUAAACGCACAUUUUAUAUUAAGUCUUAUUUCCAGACCAGUUUUUUUAUUCUCAUGAGGGUGAAAUAUUUGCCAAUUUUUUAUGUUCUCCGCCGAUAAAAUGAUAGACAAUUGUAAAGUACAGCUCCUCGUUUUGAUCGGACGAUGAAAUGUUUACAUCUUUAGCACAAUGUGCCAAAGUUUCUUCCUGCUUCCUGUUUGAGGAGAAGUGAGGAGAGGUGAAAGACUGUGGAGAACAAGCCUGAUGAUGUUUUACUUUGAUUCAGUUUCGGUUCGACUUCUAAGAAAACACACAGACGGUUGUUUUAUUUAAUGUCAGCUGUUUAAAACCUGUUUUUCUUAUUGAAUGUUAGGUUUGUGUUAGAAGCCAAAAAUGGUUUUUAUUUCAUUCUGAAUGUCAGGGGAACGACGACAGCUCAGCCUGUUUGGAAACAUUUUUGAGAAGUAUCAUUCAAACAUAGAAGGCGUGUUAAUAAAUCUCACAAUCAAGAA